GCCGCCAUGGCGCAGCAGCAGGUGAGCAGCUCGCAGAAGGCGCUGAUGCUGGAGCUGAAGGGGCUGCAGGAGGAGCCGGUGGAGGGCUUCCGCAUCACGCUGGUGGACGAGUCCGACCUCUACAACUGGGAGGUGGCGAUCUUCGGGCCGCCCAACACGCUCUACGAGGGCGGGUACUUCAAGGCUCAUAUUAAAUUUCCUAUGGAUUACCCAUAUUCACCACCUACCUUCAGAUUUCUGACCAAAAUGUGGCAUCCCAACAUUUAUGAGAAUGGAGAUGUAUGUAUUUCAAUCCUUCACCCACCUGUAGAUGAUCCUCAAAGUGGAGAGCUGCCAUCGGAAAGGUGGAACCCAACCCAGAACGUCAGGACGAUCCUACUGAGCGUCAUCUCCUUGCUUAACGAGCCCAACACGUUCUCUCCGGCAAACGUGGACGCUUCCGUCAUGUUCCGGAAAUGGAGAGACAGCAAAGGGAAAGACAAGGAGUACGCGGAAAUCAUCCGGAAACAAGUCCAGGCCACCAAGGCAGAAGCAGAGAAGGACGGCGUGAAGGUGCCCACCACGCUGGCAGAGUACUGCAUCAAAACUAAAGUGCCUUCCAAUGACAACAGCUCAGAUUUGCUUUACGACGACUUGUACGACGACGACAUUGACGACGAAGACGAGGAGGAGGAGGAGGAGGAGGAUGCCGAUUGUUACGACGACGAUGAUUCUGGCAACGAGGAGUCGUGACCUGUUCCCCCUGGCUCCUGUACUGCCCUGCCAGCUUUGCCAGAGGGGAGCAGCGGCAAUCCAGUGACCGUUCAGCAAAAAAUAUAUAUAUGCGAGGGGUGGGUGGGGAACAGAUACCAACCAAACCCGCGUUUCCUGCUUUCUCCUGUUGUUCGGAUCUCGAUUUUAGCCCCCACCCGCCCGGUUCUUUGGCCUCCUAGCAAGAAAGACCUCCGCAGAUGAUCUCGGAUCUCGCCUCCUUUCCUGUCCCAUCACUGUGUUCUGAUUUUUUUGCCCUUUUUUAAAAAGACAGAUCCUCCCCCUCCCUUCACUGUCCUCCCCCUCUUCAGGAGAGUUCACAGUACAGCGAAACAGGCUUGCUCUGUGUUUAGAUUCUUGAAUUAAACACAGUCUUUCAUCAAGAUGUUUGAUGUAUUUAACACCGGAGACUGUGGGGACGCUCCCCGCGAGCUGCGUCGAGACAGGACGAGACGCAGGGGAGCCCCUUCCGAAGGCUUCGCUGCUCCCUUGACAGCCCUUGUGUGCGCACUUGUGUAGCCUUGUGGUGGUGGUGGUGGUGGUGGUGGUGGUGGUUUUUCUCCUUUCGUUUUCUUCCCCCAAGGCGGUGGGCAGAGAGCAAACGCUUCUGUGUUUUGAGCUUGGCCAGACCUGGUGCUGAAAGGUCCAGUGCUCCAUUUCAGUUCUGCUAAGCUCGCGUGGGGAUGGGGGUGGGUGGGAGUAGCGCCUGGGAGGGGGGCUGAAGCCUCCAAGCAGAUCAGUGGAGAUGGGGGUGGGGAGAGGGCGGUUGUCUUGUGAUACGAAUCUUCCAAUAAACACUUCAAAACACACCGUUUCUGUCCCACUGACCCGUUAGUUGUGGAUUGCCCAUAAACGUAGCGGCUGCCUCUCCUGUAUCGCAGUGAGCCCUUGGCCUGUUGGGUUCUGCAGCCUCCUCAUACAAGGGAGGAAUUGGCUCUGGCCCAGCGCUUCGCUUCAGGAGCUCCAGCCUCCCUGCUGCUUUCUGCAUCCAGACGUCUGCAAGGUGCCACCCACAUUCCUGGGUGGAAUGCCAGAGGUUCUUUGGCAGAAGGUGGCGCUCCUAGGGCUGUGAAGGUGGGUGGCAUCCUUGUCAAACCAUGUUUCUUAGAUCACACAAGUGCUGGGAGAAAUAGCCAGAUUCGUUGACUGGUCUUAAAGGAAACCAGGUCAGAAUCACAGGUGCUGAGUUCUGGAGGAGCCAUCAGGAUCUAGAAACAUGGAACUGGCAAGGAGUCUUCAGAGUGUGUUGAGUGUAUUCUUUUCUGGGUGGUAGACCUGAUGCUGUAGAAUCCAUGACUCCUUUGCAUUUCCAUCAGGACAAACUCCAAAAUAAAGCGUUCCUGGAAAGAUUAAGGGCUUAGAGCAGCGUUUCUCAACCUGGGCGACUUGAAGAUGUGUGGACUUCAGCUCCCAGGAUUCCCCAGCCGCUGGCUGGGGAAUUCUGGGAGUUGAAGUCCACACAUCUUCAAGUCGCCCAGGUUGAGAAACGCUGGCUUAGAGCUUUCAAUUGGGGGUGAAGGUGGGGGGGUUCAGGAUCAUCUCAACAGUGAAGGUUUCAAGGGAAACUAGGAAAUACUUGAUUAUUGUUUCUGGGGUGCUCCUGUAACAGAUCCCUCUUCCCUUUCCAUUCAUUCAGUUAGGGAGAGACUGUGCUGGGAUGGUCGAUGCUGCUGCCCAUGCAGGCACUGGGGCUCUCCUUCAGCCUUGCGUUCCAUCCACCUGCUUUCCCAGCCCUGCCCUGCCCUUGGGCCUCUGGGAAUCCCAGCUGGGAACGGCCUGCUUUCACUCACAGCUGCAGCUGGUAUCUGCUCAGGUUGGAUGGAGCUUGAGGACCACAGGGGGCUGCUAACCUUCCCAGGGCCUCGUGUAGCGCACCGCCUUGCAGUUUCCCUCCUGGUGCAAGGAGGGUGUAGCUCUCGGUGGGUCCCCUUGCUGGAUGAGGAGGGUGUCUCCCUCAGCUGCUAGGAGUGCCCCCAACUGAAAAUUGGAAAACUGAGGAGAGAAGAGGCAAUGGUGGCAGACUGGGAUGGGUUGCCAGAACAAUCAAAAUGCGUUAACUUUUUGUUCCAAAUAGCCCAGCUUUGGACAAUCUUUCGUUCCCUCUGGCGAGAGGCACUCUUCGAAACAAAGUUUACUAUGAAAAAGUGCAUUAAAAAGUAGAGUACAGGAGCCCUGCUUGCCGGCCCUCAAGCGGGAAUUCGCAAGGGGCAGGGGCUGCUCUGGCUGUGCUCCACCCCAGACCGGUGUCCUUGGCUAGGCUUGAGAUGAGGACGUUGUGUGUUUCAGCUGUCGCUCCUUUGUAUUUCGACCGUUUUCGCUGUAUACUCUCCGGUGACUUGUAUGCUCGAGCUCGGUGGUGUGAGAUGCAUUGCUAGACCUCUGUAUGUCCCUUGCCGCAAGUUUUUAUGGGGAAGGGGAACGCCCGUCCCGCCAGCCAGCGCAGGCUGCCCCCUCCGGCGGGCGGACACUCUGGCCUGGCCACUUGCUGGUUUCCCGUUCAUGGGAUCCAAGCAACCUGCUGAAAUGCAGCUUCAGAGUUUGAGGACAAAUGUUUACUUGAGCCAUCUGUAGCCUGGUUCUCUCUCCUCUCCUACCUUUGUCUGCCUUUACAUUUCUGAUUUAAAAAGAAAAAAAAAAAAUCAGAUGCAGUUCUUAACCCAUUCUGAAACCAGCAGGGAGCACUAGAAUUCUAUGGGUAAUUUUCCAGUGCUGAAAUUCUAGGUAUGUUUCUUCUUUCACCCUCUUCUGCCCCUUUGGUUGAUUCAGUUUCCUAAACCAGGUUAACAAAUGCCUAUUUUCUUUUGUGUUCUCUCCCCCCCCUUUGGUAAUUUAGUUUUGGUUUUUCUGCACAUCUGUCUACUAAUAAAAUGUGGAAUAAAGUACAGCACCUCUUGCUA